CAAUACAGUUUGUGUGAAUUGGAUAAGUGUGCAAUGUAUCAAGAUGCGACUACUAACGAUAGGUUUAAUCGUUAGCUUGCUUAUUCAUUAUUCUGAAGCGGCAAAUUGUGUUUUGGACAAUGGUCAAUAUACUGAUCAAAUUAGUAUUUAUGAUCCGAAGAUGGAUGAUAGGGCGGAUGUAUUUCUCGUAAUACCAACAACAAAUGUGCAAAGUGCUGAAAUAAAACCAAAUCAAGACCAUUCUUACAUUGAUGUCGUGUAUUCGGAGAAUACAUUGACGUUUAGACCAUCAGCAGAAUUCAGAAGUAAUUGGGAAAAGGACACUGCAUACACCUCGAAUCCUCGAGUUAACUCAAAAUUUAUAUUAACAUGUGCAGACGGUGGCAGUUAUGAGAUUGAAUACAUCCAAAGUAUAAAUGAUCUCAACACAUUUGACCCGGUGUUUGUUAAGGCCACAUAUGAUUUUACAAUUCCCAUGCCGGUUGGUGGUAAUGUCGAUCUUACAAAUUUCGGUGAAGCCAUUUUCGUGACGGAUUACGAUGUUUCUAAUGAUGGAAUGAGUUUUACAAUUGAAGGAGACAAUGCUGAUUCACUCGUAGUGGAAUACAUUGGACGUAUCGAUUCAUCAGAUUCCAAUUGCGAAUCGACGUCUUCGAUGGGUAAAACAUACAAAGGAAUGUUAAAAACAAAGUCUCCACUUAGGUUAACCGAGGACACAAGUUAUACUAUUACUGCAACAGAUAAAGGCAAACCGAGUACCAAAAGUGGCACAGCUACACUUAAUAUUAUAAUCGAUCAAUCCGGAACUUUACCAUCCAGCCCUUCCUUUGAAACAGGGUUCUAUGAAGCUGAUUACGAUAAAAGUAAUCCUGACAUACACUCGAUUACUUUAAAAAAUGUAAUUAAGGUGACGGAAGGUAUCACGACAGACAACAUACAAUUGAGUGGGGAACACGCAGGGAAUUUCGAACACACUAUUAAGGACAAUGCUUUGGAAAUUACUUUAAAAACAAACUUACCAGAUGAUGUAAUCAAUUUCCAGCCGUUUGUUGCUUUAAGUAUCACCGCGUCAAUUGAUAGCGCUGAAGUUGUAGCUACCACAUCCUUAAUCGUAACUAUGCCUGAAAAAGAUAAUCUUAGUUUCACAAAAGUGUACUACGAAACGCAAUACUCUGAAAUAGAAGGAAAACCUCAAAUUGAUAAAGUUGAUAUACAAGUGACAGAUAAUGCUGUAGUUGAAGUUAUUGAAGAUUACGCGGCAUAUUUCAAAUAUAAUCCGGACGAGAAAACUAUUGAACCAACGGGUCUAUUACCUUCAGAUGUUCAAUCUAACAACGACUUUAUCCAUGUGACAAUAAAAGCUACACUUGGAAUAGCUGAAGCUGAAGCAGUUUUAAUUGUGAAGAUGCCUGAUGAGGAAAUUGUUAAAUUUGGGGAAAUAUACUAUGAAGCGACAUAUUCUGAAGAAAGUGGUAACCCGACAAUAUCAGAAGUAAAAUUAGAUAUCAGUGAUGAAGCAACAAUUACACUUGGUGGAGAUUUAGCAGAUUCUUUCACAUAUAAUACUGCCGACAAGACUAUUACAGUAACUAAACCUUUACCUUUGGAAACUCAACCUAAUAAUUUCAUCCACGUCACAAUAACAGCUACACUUGGAGAAAGUACAGCGGAUGCGAUCUUGAUUGUAACUUGGCCUAGGGAAGAAAUCGUUGAAUUUGGACAAGUAUACUAUGAAGCAACAUAUUCUGAAGAAAGUGGUAACCCGACAAUAUCAGAAGUAAAAUUAGAUAUCAGUGAUGAAGCAACAAUUACACUUGGUGGAGAUUUAGCAGAUUCUUUCACAUAUAAUCCUACCGACAAGACUAUUACAGUCAACACACCUUUACCUUUGGAAGCUCAACCAAACAAUUUCAUCCACGUCACAAUAACAGCUACACUUGGAGAAAGUACAGCGGAUGCGGUCUUAAUUGUAACUUGGCCUAGGGAAGAAAUCGUUGAAUUUGGACAAGUAUACUAUGAAGCAACGUAUUCUGAAGAAAGUGGUAACCCCAUAAUGUCAGAAGUAAAAUUAGAUAUCGCUGAUGAAGCAAUAAUUACACUUGGUGGAGAUUUAGCAGCUUCCUUCACAUAUAAUCCUACCGACAAGACUAUCACAGUCAAUAAACCUUUACCUUUGGAAACUCAACCUAAUAAUUUCAUCCAUGUCACAAUAACAGCUACACUUGGAGGAAAUGAAGCAGAAGCGGUUCUCAUUGUAAGUUGGCCUAAGGAAGGAACAGUUAAGUUUGGACAAGUUUACUAUGAAGCGACAUAUUCAGAAGAUAGUGGUGAAGCUACAAUUACACCAGUAACAAUAGAUGUCACCGAUGGAGCAACAAUUGAAAUUGGUGAAAAUUAUGCAGAAUAUUUCAAAUAUAAUUCUGAUGACAAAACCAUUGAAGCCACGAAACCACUACUUUCGGAAACUCAAACUGACAAUAAUUUCAUCCAUGUGACAAUAACGGCUAAACAUGAGGGUGCUAUUGCAGAAGCGGUUCUAAUUGUAAAUAUGCCAGGCAAAGAAAACCUUAGAUUCAACGAGAUAUACUACGAAGCGACAUAUUCCGAAGAAAGUGGUCAACCUAUGAUUACACCAGUGACAGUAGAAGAUUUACCAGAAGGGGUGGUAGUUGAAGUCAUUGAAGAGUUUGCGGCUUACUUUGCAUACAAUGCUGCAGAAAAAACUAUUGAAGCUAUUCAAGCUCUAACGUCAGAACACCAAGCUAAUAACUUCAUCCAUGUCAAAAUACGGGCAACACUUGGUGCUGCUAUAGCGGAUGCUAUUUUAAUUGUAAAUAUGCCAGGCAAAGAAAACCUUAGAUGGAAAGAGAUAUACUACGAAGCGACCUAUUCCGAAGAAGAUGGUGUACCUGCGAUUACACCAGUAACAAUAGAAGAUUUACCAGCAGGCGUAACGGUUGAAGUCGUUGAUGAGUUUGCAGCUUACUUUGCAUACAAUGCUGCAGAAAAAACUAUUGAAGCUAUUCAAGGUUUAACGUCAGAUCACCAAGCUAAUAACUUCAUCCAUGUCAAAAUGCGAGCAACACUCGGUGCUGCUAUAGCGGAUGCUAUUUUAAUUGUAAAUAUGCCAGACAAAGAAAACCUUAGAUUCAAAGAGAUAUACUACGAAGCAACCUAUUCCGAAAAAGAUGGUGUACCUGCGAUUACGCCAGUGACAAUAGAAGAUUUACCAGCAGGGGUGGUAGUUGAAGUCAUUGAAGAGUUUGCCGCUUACUUUACAUACAAUGCUGCUGAAAAAACUAUUGAAGCUAUUCAAGUUCUAACGGUAGAUCACCAAGCUAAUAACUUCGUUCAUGUCAAAAUACAAGCAACUCUUGGUGGUGCCUCUGCAGACGCUAUUUUGAUUGUAAAUAUGCCCGAUAAAGUAAGCCUCAAAUUUAAUGAAAUUUACUAUGAAGCGACGUAUUCUGAAACAGAUGGAACACCGGCAAUUACAGAAGUGUUAAUAGGAGACUUAACUCCAGGGGCGAUAGUAGAAGUCGUUGAAGAUUAUGCCAACUACUUCACAUAUAAUGCAGAAGAAAAAACAAUUGAAGCUGUCAAAGUCCUAACGUCGGAUGCCCAAUCUAAAAACUUCAUUCACGUCAAAAUAAGAGCCACACUUGGAGCAGCUUUAGCGGAGGCUGUUUUGAUUGUAAAUAUGCCUGCUGACGGAAACAAUAUCAAUAACAUAUUUAAUGAGAUAUACUAUGAAGCGACAUACUCCGAAGAAGACGGUAAACCCAAAAUAACUCAAGUGAAUAUAAAAGCAAUCGAUGAAGCAACCGUUGAAGUCGUUGAAGAUUAUCAAGAUUUCUUUGAAUAUAAUCCGGAUACCAAAACUAUUGAAGCAACCAACCUGUUAACUUCAGAUAUUCAAUCUAAUAAGUUUAUCCAUGUUACAAUAAGAGCUACACUUGAAGAAAAUACAGCUGAUGCGGUUCUUAUUGUUAAUAUGCCCAAUGAAGGAAACCAAAUAAAUGGCAUAUUUGGAGAGAUAUAUUAUGAAGCAUCAUACUUUGAAGAAGAUGGAAACCCUAAAAUGACAGAUGUGAAAAUCGACGUAAUUGAUGGAGCUAACGUUGAAAUCAUAGGAGAAUACAAAGAACACUUUGAAUAUGACGCGGACAAAAAAUCUAUCAAAAUCGUCAAAGUUCUUGAUAUAAACAGUUUUGAAAAAUGGUAUAUUGACGUGAUAAUUCGAGCUACCCUCGAAGAAGCUACCGCAGAUGCAGUGUUAGUCGUAUCUCCAACAGCUAUAAUUACUUUUGAAGGUGAAUUAGUUUUCGAAGGGGAACCUAGCGUUGGUAUUAGUGGAAAACUCACAGCCAAAUCUUCAAUAGAUGAAGAAAUCGUAUUUAGAUUUACAGAUAAUGUACCUCAAGAAUGGCUGCAGUACUUGUCUUUAACUGAUGAUGGAACUUUGAAAACUCUGGAUUUACCAACUGGUUCUUACGACAUUGAAGUAUUAGCAAGUGGAACUACAAGCAAAGCUAGUCAAAUUACUUUGAUAAAAAUUAGAAUUGGUUCUGCAGAAACAUGCCCCGAUGGUACCAUUUGGAAUCCUUACACAUUCCUUGCAGUUAAUAUCAAGGAAAAUGAAGAAGAAUCCGUUGUUUUGCCUCUAAAUGAUGGAAGUGAAUAUCAUUAUGAAAUUGUGGACAUCCAACCCAAUAAAGACAGAUUCGAGUUGAAUGGAAAUGGUGAUGUUGUGGCUAAAUCAUUAGAUAGAGAAUCUGAUGAAUUUGGAUCUGGAAAAGCACAAUACAUCGCAAAAAUUAAUCUAAUUUCUAACGCAGUACAAAGACGUUUCUCUCCGAAGAGUACCUUAAAAACAUUGUUUGUCUUAAAAGAUGAAACUACAGCUGGUGAUGAUAAAUGUUACUCAAUAAAUAAAAUUGGAAAUGAACCAAAUCAAAUUGUUAUUGGAAUUAGCGUUGAUGAUGUGAAUGAUAACAAACCAAUAUUUGAAAAGACGAAAGUUGUUGUUGGUUACCCCGAAUCGGAUUUAUUAAAAACUGUUUCACCUCCUUAUGUAAUUGUGGUAAAAGCAACCGAUAAAGAUAUUGGGGAUUACGCAUCAUUGAAAUAUUCAGUUACAAGCUCUAAAGUUGUGAUUGACGAAAAUACAGGGUAUAUUUAUCCAACUGAUGAUAUUUAUGAAAAUGACGAGGUCGUGAAAGUAACUGCAAAAGACGAUAAUGGAAAAGGAUACGAAUCAGAAGAACCCUUAACCCUUACAAUAAAAAUUUUAGAAAAAAAUCAUUUAUGUAUAUUGAAAUAUCAAGAUAAACAUUUAGAAGAUCUCGACGACAUAAUGGAUAACCUCGCAAAAUACGCUGAUGUUAGAUAUCUUUCAGCUGCAGUUCUUCCUGGUUCCGACCCAUAUGGUAGAAGUUCAACUGAUAGAUCGUUAGUUAUCACGGCAUAUGCCUUCGAUAUUGGCACAGAAAACCUUCUUACCGCAGAAGAAUUAAUAGAGUUAUUAGAAGAUGUUGAUGGUUUAUCCAUGGAACCACUUCCAAAUCCAGGAGAAGACUGCACCACAGAAAAACCUGAAGAAUGCAACUGCGACGGCGACGAAUGCUCCAAUGGAGGAUUAAUAGCCGGCGUAGUAGUUCUUGCAAUUUUAUUAGCUUUAUGCAUCGGUGGAUUUAUCGCUUUUUAUAUAUUAAUAUUCAGAAAAACAAAAUCAUAUAACCAAAUGGAAGAAGAAGGACUCCCAAAACCUGCCGCUAAAGAAACUCCAUUAGAAAACCCAAAAUUUAUAAAGAACCCAGCACCACUGCCACCAAGCAAUAAACUCGCAGCAGAUAUCGUUGAAAGGAGGCCGACGGGGUAUCUUUAUCCAGCGGAUUUAGCUGAAGAAGAGCCACCAAGCACAUCGAGUCCCUCUGAAGUUUUCAAUAACGAAAUGAAGGAGCGACGCAAAUCUGUAGUGUUUAAUAAUAACAUUGAAGAGAUCAACAUCGAAAGGGAAGCUGAAGAUCAAGACGGAGAGAAAAAAAAUCUUCCUAAUGAAGCUGAAAAUACUAAAUUAUAAAUAGUUAGGUUAAUAUUAGUACUUAUUACGUGUACAUAAAGCAAAUAAAAUUAUUUUAUUAAUUAA